AUGUUUAGCUCAAACACGGUAUCAGCCUCGAAGAGGAUAACGGCGAAGGAUGCUUCGGGCACAGAGACCAGGGAGAACCUUUGUAACUUUGAAAUUGAAGACAACGAGCCGGAUGUACUGCAGGUCAUGGCAACGAAGACUAUGGAAGACAUCUUGACAGAUGUUUUGCGCUUGGAAAACUUUAAUCUGAAGCAGAGCUCCAGCAUAGGAGACUCACCGUUGAGGGUGGGCCAGUCAUUGAUGUCCAGGCCAUCGGGUCUUAAAAAUAGGGAGAUACGGUAUCCGGAAUUGGACCUGGACCCCCGUCUCCGCAACUGGAACCGCAUAUUGAAUCAGCGCCAGAAAAUCCAGGAGCGCAUCGAACGUCAAACUGGCAAGCGUGCAGAAGAUGUGCUCUUCAACCGUUCGACGACCAUUGACGACGCCAGCAAGAAGAUGAUCCUUCGCAUCCUUGACACCGCCGAUCGUUCGCGCCCCAUCGAUCAACUUAAGGAGAAAUCCACAAUACGCUCGCUUAAGGCACGAGACGAUCCAAAGAAUUGUCGCGAAAUUAAGGAACUGUUCUUAGCCGAACCGAAAAUACAGGAGGUGGAGUUUGUUGGACUACCGCAGGUGACCCAAAAGGAAGUAGCUGCCAUAAACUUGCCCCCCGAUGCCCCCGAGAGCCAGUGGCAACGCUCCGAGGUGCUGGUUAAGCAACUCGAGGAGAAGAAGGAGUCUAUCCAACAAGUGCUGGAGUUUGCGCCGGAUAUCCACCAGCUGCAGGUGAUUCCCACCUACACAGUUCCGAGUUCCGAUACACCGUUGAUCACCAAGCUCGGGGAGGUUCCCAUUCUGCCCCUCUCCUGCGAUUCUACCGUGGAAGAGGAGGAGCUGGAAACAGAUCAUGAGCUCGAUCUAGGCUCUUUUGAGGGCGAGGAGAUCGAUUCCAUUGUCGAUUCCAUGGAACCGAAAUCUGCGCCCACCACCAAGGAAAAAUCUGUCCACAAAGUGAGGGUCCAGGACUUGGAUCCGUUUCUGGACGUCAACGGAGUGAUGAUAAACGGAGUCAUUUUCGAUUAUGAUAAUUCAGUGAAGUCCGCUGGAAAGGGAAUUCAGCUGGAGCUCAAUUGCGAUCCGCACCAGCGAGUCGUGAAGCCUUUGCUGGACAUUCAGAAUCUGAGCAAGAAGUUGGUAAACGUUUCCUGGUUUCCGAAGAUUCGUAUUCGCACUGAUCGGCCACCUAUGCACUCCGAGCUGAUCUUCGACCGCAGUGAGUUUAUUUUGGAGCCACUGGAGCGCCGUGUUGUCCGGAUAAUGUUCCAGCCGCAGCAUGUGGGGCUUUACACGCUACGUUAUAUUUUGUGCAUCAUACGGUCGCCGUUCUGUAACUCCCGUCGCCUAGACGUCAUCAUAAGGGGCCAGUGCACCGUGCCGGAAGUGUAUAAACGCCGCCUCGAGAUGCACAAACAGAUACCGCUGGACAAGCAGCAGGAGCAACAGGCCCGGGAUUUGUUAAGCUUGCACGCCACCCUGGCACCGAUCAUCGAAAACGCCACCCUAUUGUGCCCCUAUGAACGGGCACUCGACGAACGCGAGGUUUUCAAUGCCCAGAACAUGAACUAUCGCUGCGAGCGCUACGAGGACCUGGAGGCCCUCAAGUCGCUCUAUUCGGUGGCUAAGAAGCCUCGAGACCGGCCCUGGGACCUGAGCUUAGACACCUUGCGCCGAUUUAUUAGCAAUCAGGAGAACCGCCUUAUGCGCGAGCACCUUCAUCUUCAGAUGAUUAAGAUGCUGGAGCCGAUGAAGUGCAACCGCUGCGAGGCCCUGACCAAACUGGAACACAACCCAGAGCGGGAACGCACCUGUUUCAUCUACGUCCGUGGCACCAUCUGCAGUGCCGUCGACGAGUGGGAGAAGAUGGCCCUGGGCCUUGACGACCAGUUCUUCAAGCUGGAGCUUCUGCGUGUCCUGGAGGAGAGGAGAGCGCGCCAGGAGAAAUUGAAUGACGACAGGCUCUCACUGGAUUCGUUUAGUUCGAGGGGAAUACAUAAGAUGAUUCCGUUUUCCGACAACUUGAAGUCUCCAUCCGAGGAAGAAGACGUCGUUGUGACGGUCUCCAAGCGACUCAAGACCAGCAAGUAUCUGCGGGAUGCACUUUACAUGCACACCUACAACUUGCUCUGCGACGUGGCCGAGGACAUCGUGUCGGUUAUUGAGAGUACCACUGUUCUUUGAUUUCAAUCUGAAAGGCCCGAUCCAAGUCGAUGCAAGUUCAUAUAUUUUUCUAAACUGUUCUGCAAUAUCGAAUUACCAUAAAAACAUGUAAUGGAAUUAUAAUUUAAUUGAUUAAUAAUAACUUGACGCUACCCAUUCUAAAUAGUA